AUGAUUACAGACUCCCAACUCUACUCGCUCGCAAUCUUCCUUGGAAGCGCUGCCAUGCUGCUCAUCGUCGUCUAUCAUUUCCUGGAAGUCAACUCCGACGAUCACAAGGUUGAGGAGAAGCCAAGGGCUGCGGGAGCAAAGGUCAAAGCAUGA